AUGAAAACUGUAGGUAGUCUGGUGAUACUGAUAGUGGCCAUUUUUAUCGAUAUUUCACACUUGUGCAUCGCUGGAGAAUUUGACGAAUUGAUGGAAUUUGACACCAUACCUCGUCGGUUCGAAUGCUUUUCCUGUAUGUCACUGAGCUAUCAAGAAAGCUGGGAACAUCUGCAAUAUAUUUAUACGGCACCUAAGAUGUUUACGAAUCGAUGUAACGAGCCACAACUUUCAAAUCAUAUUCCUACUGUAAUUUGUUCAACAAUGUGUGUUAAUUUACUCGAACCGGAUGUUGAAGCUGGUGUAUUUAUCGGUUUUAAAUUUAUCCGUGGCUGCAUGGAUCGAGUGUUAAGGAAUGGUUUCAAUGAGACCGCAAUAAGAACGCAUCGCUUUCAAGCGGUAAAUCAAUGUCGAAGUUUGCCCCGUGCUCAUUUGUACAAUCUGGACCGCAGACAACUUUAUCCGGUAUUCGGUGAUGUACAAUUGUGUACUUGUUAUGGAGACAGAUGCAACGGCUUAUCGGAUACUGUCAGCAGUUCAGAUUACAGUACGCUACUAUUGUUGAUAUGCUUCAUUGUCUUGCUAAGGAUAUGA